AUGUUAGGGUUAGAGGUUGAACCAUUAGAAUCUUCUCUUGUGGUAGAAUUACCAAUCGAGGGUAAAAUUGUUCUGAACCAUAGGUGUCGCGGGUGUGUGAUCGAAAUCCCUAAUCGCCAACUCCCUUUUAGUUUGGUGUUGUUAGAUAUGAUGGUUUUUGACAUCAUUCUUGGCAUGGACCGGUUGCCUUCUUAUCGUGCCAUUAUAGAUUGUUAUCACAGGAGAGUUACUGUAUGUACUGCUGGUGGUGAUUGUUUCUAUUUUCUUGGGGAUAGAACUGAUAGACUUUUACCGCUAUUAUAUGACUCUCGUAGUCGAGGCAAAUUUACUUCUCUUCUUGCAACUUUGACGAAUGAUGGGAAUGGUGGAGUGAGAGGGGUAUUUCCUAGGGUGGUUUGUGAGUAUUUAGAUGUAUUUCCAGAGGACCUCACUAAACUACUGCCUCAUCGUGAGGUCAAGUUUUCUAUAGACUUAGUUCCCGGCACGGCACCUAUUUCCAUGUCGCCCUAUAAAUUUGCUCCGACAGAGUUGCAUGUUUUGAAGGAGUAA